AUGCGUAGAAAUUCGACGCUGAUAUGUGCACCAAUAAUGGCAGAAGCAGUUGGUCAAAUGUUGGUUCAAAUGAAAAAGGCGAAGGAACUUGGGGCUGACCUUGCUGAAGUUCGGGUGGAUUUCUUGAAGAAUUUCAGUCCUAGAAAUGAUCUUGAAGUCUUGAUUAAACAAGGUCCUUUACCCACUCUUAUCACUUACAGACCGAAAUGGGAAGGUGGUCAGUAUGAUGGUGAUGAAAACAAGCGACAAGAGGCGCUAAAACUAGCAAUGGAAUUGGGAGCAGAUUUUAUAGACAUCGAACUUAAGGUUGGCCUUCCUACAGUAGCUCAAGAGUUUUAUAAUUUCAUUCAAGGGAAUAAACCUGAAAAGGUCAAGAUCAUUGUUUCUUCACACAACUAUGAAUGUACUCCCUCCAUAGAGGACAUAGGUGACCUUGCAGCCAGGAUACUAGCUACUGGAGCUGAUAUAGUGAAGGUUGCAACAACUGCUUUAGACAUUACAGAUAAUGCACGGAUGUUUCACACAAUUGUGCAUUCACAAGUUCCAAUCAUAGGGCUUGUUAUGGGCGAGAGAGGUUUAAUGUCAAGAGUGCUUGCUCCAAAAUAUGGAGCAUUUCUCACUUUUGGUUCAAUUGAGCCUGGAGUAGUAUCUGCUCCUGGGCAACCAACUAUCAAAGAUUUAUUGGAUCUUUACAAUCUCAGACAGAUUGGGGCUGAUACCAAAGUACACGGUGUUAUUGGGAAUCCUAUUGGUCAUAGCAAAAGUCCUCACCUCUAUAAUGCAGCAUUUAAGUCAGUUGGUUUUAAUGGAAUUUAUCUGCCUCUGUUGGUUGAUAAUGUUGCAAAUUACAUAUCCACAUACUCAUCUCCAGACUUUGUCGGAUACAGUUACACAAUUCCUCACAAAGAAGAUGGACUCAGGUGCUGUGAUGAGGUCGAUCCAAUUGCCAAGGAAAUAGGAGCUAUUAGUUGCAUGAUUAGGAGACCGGUUGAUGGAAAACUAAUUGGUUACAAUGUUGACUAUCUUGGAGCCAUAGCAGCUAUUGAGGAGGCACUAAGAGCAACUAAUGGUGUCCCUGCCUCAAGUUCUCCCUUGGCCGGUAAACUCUUUGUUGUCAUUGGAGCUGGUGGAGCUGGAAAGGCCCUUGCUUACGGUGCCUAUGAGAAAGGAGCGAGAGUCAUUGUUGCCAAUCGAACAUACGGCAAGGCCAAAGAACUUGCCACUAAGGUUGGAGGACAAGCAAUUACUCUGGAUGAACUAAAAGAUUUUCAUCCUGAAGAGAGAAUGAUCCUUGCAAAUACCACAUCUGUUGGAAUGAAACCAAGAAUAGACGAUACACCCCUUCCUAAGGAAGCUCUAAAACACUAUUCAUUAGUCUUCGACGCAAUUUACACACCGAAAUUGACCAGGCUCUUAAGAGAAGCACAGGAGGCUGGAACCACCAUUGUUUAUGGGACAGAGAUGUUCAUCAACCAAGCAUUCGUCCAGUUCAAAAGGUUCACUGGUUUGCCUGCCCCAAAGCAACUCAUUAGGGAUGUGUUAGCAAGGAAUACAUAA